AUGAAUCCUAAAGAGGAUCAACUUAAUGAGAUGAUCGACGAAGCUGUACAAGCAAGAAAGCGCAUUGUUUGCUCGAAGAUGUCCGAGUGCUUGAGAGUUAUCGAAAACUCCUGUGCACAAAUUAGUAAUGUUACUGCACCGCAACACUGGAGAGCUCCCCAUCUGCUACAAGCAAAUUUAAAUAGCCUUCGCGACGCUGUCACGACAGCCCAUGAGGCUCUAGACAUGUUUGUAGAUGGAACUGGUAGAAUAUCCAUUGACAGAAAGAAUCCAAAAGCUGAAGAGUUUGACGAGUUGCUGAAACCCCUGCUUGAGACGAAGAAUCACAUGGCAGCAUUGCGUAAAAGUCUCGAUAGCGCUGGUUGGACUGUUUCCGUCCUAUCCCGAGACAAUGAAAGUUCUCGCUCUAUGGAUGCUUUGGAACAGUUUAUUGCUGCCUUGCAUAAGGCGCCAUCGGAUUGUCGGCGACUUCUACAAUGGACACAAAUUCUUAUCCCCUCUCCUACUGUUGUUUUCUUGAGUCCAAUGACUAACAUUAAACCGGAGCUGCCGAAACCUACAGUCAAUACAACCAGAAUAGGGGAAAAGCCCAUGAACACGCUUGGAUCGCCGCCAUUUUUGGAUGAAACCAAACGUCUGUCAUCGUCUUCUACAUCCACUGUAACCUCAUCAGACUCAUCUCAGCCGUCUUCUAUACUGGUUACUAAACACAAUGGUGACAAGCCCAAAGGAAGAGUCACAUUUGCUGACGAGCCGUCUUCUAUUCUGGUUACCAAACACAAUGGUGACAAGCCCAAAGGAAGAGUCACGUUCGCUGACGAGGUAUUUUUACUCAUAUUUGUUGGUGGGAGAACUUUAUCCCCACCACGCGAUCGUCCAUCUGCUGCCUCUUCGGAAUCUGCCCAAGACUACGCAAGACAGUUUCAGAGCAAUGGGCAGUCAAGAUACGCACCACCUGCAAAUCGCCUUCAGGAAACUAGAAUAAUUGAAGAAGACGAUCUUGAGUCAGUUGUCAGCGAGGGAGAGAGCUUAUAUCAGGACUAUGCCUAUCUGGAUGAUGUUGUGCCAGGAAGAUCGAAUGGUACAAUAGGAAAUGGAUUUAAUAAUAACAUUAGUGAUGAGGACUAUGCCUAUCUGGACGAUGUUGUGCCGGGAAGAUCGAAUGGUACAAUAGGAAAUGGAUUUAAUAAUAACAUUAGUGAUGAGGACUAUGCCUAUCUGGACGAUGUUGUGCCAGGAAGAUCGAAUGGUACAAUAGGAAAUGGAUUUAAUAAUAACAUUAGUGAUGAGGACCGUCAACUCGUCCGCUUCUAUGCACCUCAGCUGGACCAACACACAGAAGCGCUCUCCUUAGCAGUGGAAGAAUUCUUGGGAACAGUUGAAAAUAAUCUUCCUCCACGGGAAUUCGUGCAGAAAGGAAAACUUGUUGCUCCUCAGAUAAUUUUGGCCGCUCACAAACUAAUCUACAUUGGCGAUACGGUGUCUCAAUGUGUUUCUGAUCCUACAGCAAGCAAUAGCCUACGACAAUGUGCUGAUCGCUUAUGUGAACAACUCAAGGAUUGUGUGAAGGCUACGAAAUUGGCUUCGGAAGAGGAAGUGAUUGAUAGUCUUGGUCCGAUCUUAGCUCGAUAG